GUGAGGAUGAUGGACCGAGUGGAGCUGCUGUCCGACCGUCUCUCCGCCGCUCAGCUGGACAAGAGGAGAAACCGCGAGCUGCAGCGACAGGAGCGCAUCUUCAACACCAAAGUCCGCACCAUAGGAAUCGAUAAAGAAGCUCUCCAGCACCAGGUCCAGGAGAAGAGAUCUCAACAGGAAGCAGAGGCGAAAGCGCAGAAGGAAUACGCUGAUAAGCUCAUACGUACUGACCAUGCAGCACGUCUACUGCAGAGCAGGCAGAAGACAGACGAACGUCUCCUAGCGGAGGACAUCGUGAACUUCCGCCGGCAGUUUCAGCAACCAAGCAGCAGGCGCGAGUUUGACCUGAAUGACCCUGAAAUGCUGAAGAAGCAGGAAGGUGUGUCCAUUUUGCCCGGGUUGGUAGGAGAGGAUCUGGACAGUGAGAGCAGGGCACGGAGACAGCGGGAGCAGCUGAGAGACUGGACCUUACAGCAGCAACAGGAGCUGGACCAGGCGAAGGAGCUGCAAAGACUGCAAGACCAGCAGUAUGAACAAAGUAGACUAACCCUGGAUAGCCGAGCCCUCGAGCUGCAGAAGAUGGAGGAAGAGCACAAGAAAGCCACCAACAUCGCCAUCAAGGACUUUAAUCAAGCCCUGGCGGACAAAUUGCGAGAGCAGAGAGAACGAAGUCGUCAUCAGGAAGAAGAGAACAACCAAGCUGAUAUCCUGAACCACCUGCAUGGGAAGCUGAAGUGCAAGAAGAAGCCGCAAAGCGCUAGAGUGUGCAGAGACUGCUACAAGGGCAUGACAUCCGAGCAGAUCCGAGAAGUCGCUAACUGUCAGCGACAGCAAGCUGAGGAGAAGAAGCGUGCUCAGGUAGAACAAAAUGAGGAACGGCUGCAGGAGGGCCGUCUGCACAUGGCAUCGGCUCGGGCUGCACUGCUGCAGGAGAGACGGCAGGCGAGGAUUAACAAGGAGAUGCGCAGAGCUAUGGAUGAGACCAACCUACAACUGGCCCAGGCUCAGCAUGAACAAAGGAAGAAGGAGGGUCACGCCUACAUCCCUGAUGAGAGCUACUUCGCCCAGUUUAAUAAAUGCAGCAGAUAGAAAGCAUUUAAAUUUGUGUUAGAUUAAGUUAAUUGCAAACUUUAAAAUAGUCUUGAUCUCUACCAGUUGUGAUGUUUCAUUUUUAAAGUAAGUUGUCACUUGUAGAGCGCUGGCUCUAAUUUCAUAGACCAUGUCUAAGAGAAAAAGUCUGAGAUCAUAUUUACUGUAAGUUCUACAGCCCUGGAAAAGGAUUUGGGAUAUUCUUUAAGUUUGUCUCAGUGCAUGCAGAGCAAAAACAACAAAGUAACUGCAGAAAGGUUUAUGGCAUUUGUCUGUUGCUGUUUUUUUUUUUUUUUAAUAACGUGCAAAAUAUAACAUUUUAGCAUAAAACAGGUAAAGACAAUCAGCCUAAAUAUGUUAAAGGAGUACUCCAGUGAUCUUUAUUAUAUUAUACUAAACCUGUUAUGUAUGAGUGAUGUAUGCAUCAUUUAUGCAUUUUGUUGUAUAAGUCUAAGGGCAGUCAUUGUGUCAGAGGAAGGUGUUUGAACAUGAAGCUGUGAAUCUGUAGAUUUUUUUUUUCCAAGAAAAUGUGAAAGAGUGAAAACACACAUCAUCUAUUGCUUAAUGCUAAAGUUUGGAAUUUGCCCAAGAUGAUGAGCUAAACAUCUGCCCUUAGAUUAUACUUGCAUUAUACAUUUUGGAUAAAAGUGUUUUUGGGUUCUUUUUGGUCAGUGCAAAGACAAAUGUAAAAGAUUCUUGCCUGUGGUAAUCUCGCACACUGUACAUACUGUAUGCAAAUAAAAUGAUUUUAGAUUAAAGGACCCCUUCAUCGCUCUGCACUGCAAAACAGUGUUUCGAUUGAAUAAAAAAAAAAUACACAAUUUUUAAAACUUUUCACAAACAUAUGAAUAAAUCAUUAAAUAAACUCAGCAUUCAUUGUUAUUUUAAUAUCUUAAUUGCA